CCCGUUCAGGAUACUCCGCCGUCGUUGUCGUUGGAAGAGCUCUCCCACGAAGCUUCCUCUCCCGUGCGCUCCCCUCGCUCCUCUCCGAGCUCCCGCCGCCGCGGCCAUGGCGGCUAGGGUUCGCUUAGGGUUCCUCGCCCUCGUCCUCACCCUCAUCCUCUCCUCGUCGACCCUCUCCUCCGCCAUCUUCGAGGACCAAGUCGGGAUCGCCGAUUGGCAUCAGAAGUACAUCGGUAAAGUCAAGCACGCUGUCUUUCACACUCAAAAUAAAGGGAGAAAGCGUGUAGUAGUUUCAACUGAAGAAAAUGUCAUCGCCUCUCUUGAUCUUCGUACAGGGGAUAUAUUUUGGCGGCAUGUCCUUGGCAAGAAUGAUUCAAUCGAUCAACUUAAUAUUUCUCUGGGAAAAUAUGUUGUUACUCUCUCUUCAGAAGGUAGUAUAUUGAGGGCGUGGAAUCUUCCCGAUGGACAGAUGAUUUGGGAAUCUAAUCUUCAAUUUUCAACACCCUCAAAGCCGUUGUUACAUGUUCCUGCAACUAUUAAAAUGGGAAGAGACAACCUUAUCUUAGUUUCUAGUGGAGGGUGGCUUCAUGCGAUAUCAAGCAUAGAUGGGGUGAUUGUCUGGAGAAAGGAGUUUGCCACUGAGAGCUUAGAGGUAAAACAAGUUUUACAGUCUCCAGAUGGUGAUACUGUAUCUGCCUUAGGAUAUGUUGGUUCCUCAAAAUUUGCUAUAUACCACAUUAAUGCUAAAAGCGGAGAGGUUCUAAACCACAGGACAACGUCCUUUCCUAUUGACUUUUCUGGUGAAACAGCUAUCAUUUCUAGCGAUGUGCUAGUGGCGUUAGAUGCCGCCAGGUCAAAUUUAUUUCUGAUUAACUUUAAGGCUGAGAACAUCGAGUAUAAUCAAGUACAUAUUUCAGAUCUUGUUCAAGACUUCUCUGGAGUGACUGAACUAUUGCCUGUAAAGUUGAAGGGAAUUGUUGCUAUAAAAACAGCUUUGAGUAUUUUCCUGCUAAGAGUUAAGGGUGUUAGCGAGUUCGAGGUGAUUGAGAAAAUUAACCACCCAGCUGUGGUAAGCGAUGCUCUCAGUAUUACCGAAGCAGAACAAGCUUUUGCUAUCGUACAGCACACAGAAAGCAAAAUUGAAAUUACAGUCAAGCUUGAUAAUGGCAUAAUCAAUGAAGGUAAUAGAGAAACUAUUCGGGCUGACCAAAAUAGAGGCAGUGUGCAGAAUGUUUUUAUCAAUAAUUAUGUACGAACAGACAAGUCUCAUGGGUUCCGUGCCUUGAUUGUCAUGGAAGACCACUCACUGUUAUUGGUACAACAAGGUGAGAUUGUUUGGAGUAGAGAGGAUGGGCUUGCUUCAAUUAUUGAUUUAACUACAUCCGAAUUGCCUGUUGAGAAGGAAGGUGUCUCAGUUGCGGAGGUGGAACAUAACCUCUUCGAAUGGCUUAAGGGGCACUGGCUGAAACUUAAAGGAACUCUGCUGCUUGCAAGCCCUGAUGAGCUGGCUGCCAUACAAGCAAUAAGGCUAAAAAGUUCUGAAAAAACUAAGAUGACACGGGAUCACAACGGGUUUAGGAAACUGAUCAUUGUACUUACUCGGGCUGGUAAAAUUUUGGCACUGCACACUGGAGAUGGGCGUGUCAUCUGGUCUCACUUUCUCUCUCUUCACCUAUCAGAAGAUUGUAAACCGUACACUGCCUUAAGAAUUUAUCAGUGGCAGGUUCCUCAUCAUCAUGCAAUGCAUGAGAACCCAUCUGUUCUUGUAGUUGGCAGAUGUGGAGCUGGUUUUGAUGCUCCUGGUAUUCUUUCAGUUGUUGAUUCUUACUCAGGAAAAGAACUUAAAUCUCUUAAACUUGCUCAUUCUAUAACCCAAGUAAUCCCCUUGACCUUGAUGGAUUCAUCCGAGCAUCGUCUUCAUCUCAUUGUCGAUUCCAACUUGCAUGCUCAUUUAUAUCCGAGGACACCUGAUUCUCUCAACAUCUUUCGUCGUGAAAUGUCAAACACAUAUCUAUAUUCAGUUGAAGCUGGGACGAGUGUUAUCAAAGGCUAUUCGUUGCAGAACAGAUGCAAUCUAGAAGUUGCUGAUGAAUACUGCUUGAAAAUGAAGGAGUUGUGGUCUAUUGUUUUCCCUUCUGAGAGUGAAAAAAUUACUACUACUUCGACAAGAAAGAUGAAUGAGGUUGUUCAUACCCAGGCAAAGGUUAUAGGCGAUAAAGACGUAAUGUUCAAGUACAUAUCCAAAAAUAUGCUUUUUGUUGCUACUGUUGCUCCUAAUGCUGCUGGAGAGAUUGGAUCUGCAACACCAGAUGAAGCUUCGCUAGUUGCGUAUCUUAUUGAUGCCGUCACUGGCCGUAUACUACAUCGUGUGACUCACCAAGGUGCACAAGGUCCUGUUCAUGCUGUUGUAAGUGAGAAUUGGGUUAUUUAUCAUUAUUUCAACCUCAGAGCUCACAGAUAUGAAAUGUCAGUCAUUGAAAUCUAUGAUCAAUCCCGGGCAGAUAAUAAAGAUGUGUGGAAGCUUGUCUUGGGAAAACAUAACUUGACAGCACCAAUUACCUCAUAUGCACGUCCAGAAGUGGUGGUGAAAUCCCAGUCAUACUUCUUUACCCAUUCUGUGAAAGCAAUGGCGGUGACUGCAACAGCUAAGGGCAUAACUUCUAAGCAGCUUCUGAUUGGUACCAUCGGUGAUCAGGUCUUGGCACUUGAUAAGCGGUAUCUCGAUCCUCGUCGUUCUGCUAAUCCCACUCCGGCGGAGAAAGAAGAGGGCAUCAUACCGUUAACGGAUUCUUUGCCAAUUAAUCCUCAGUCUUAUGUGACACACUCUCUUCAAGUGGAAGGAUUGAGAGGAAUUGUAUCAUUUCCAGCAAAGCUGGAAUCAACAACGCUCGUUUUCUCCUAUGGAGUGGAUCUCUUCUACACUAGACUUGCUCCAUCAAGAACCUAUGAUUCGCUCACCGAAGAUUUCAGCUACGCACUUCUCCUCAUCACCAUCGUUGCGCUCGUUGCUGCUAUUUUUGCCACAUGGAUCUUGUCCGAGAAAAAGGAGCUGAGGGACAAAUGGAGGUGAAUUUAUGCUCGCUACCCACUGAAAGCUUUACUUUUCUCAUAUUAGAUCACUUUGUUGAUUUUUGGUAGAAUUGCCCAACACUGAGUAGUUCUUGACAUGUAUAAUAUUUGGUGACUAGCCUGUUUUCUUAAUCGACAAAGCAGCAUUAAUUUUAUUGGCCUUUUUAGUAUGGACCGAAGUGCAGGUUGAUCCACACAUACUAAUAGAAGCCAUCACCGAAGAUAUGUCCGAAAUAGUUCACUUGUUUUGAAUGCUCAAACAUUGUAUGCAAGUCAUUUAAACUGUGCCACAGUUUUUUGCUCCAGAUUACGUAGAUUUCGUCGAGUAUGUCCCGAGUGUAGUUGAUGCGUCAAAUUUAAUAUAUAAUAUAUGAUAUA